AUGCUAGUCCUUCCUCUUGUUGUCGCCUACCUCAACGCCAAAUUCCACCUGGCCAAAGACCUCUCCAGCCUCCUCUCUAUCCAUCAAGGUCUCCGCAACUAUGAACGCGCUCUCGCCUCCAACCGAGGCAACGUCUGGUUUGUCUUUGCUGAGACAGCUGCUCGCUAUCCCGACAUGAUCUGUCUGUGGACGCGCGAUGUCCAGUAUACCUACCGCGAGGUCCUCGUCCAAUGCGCCCAGUAUGCGCACUUCUUCCGCCAGCAUGGCGUGCAACCUGGCGAUCUGGUCGCUUUCUAUCUGCAGAAUCGUGCCGAAUUUCUCAUCGCCUGGCUGGCGCUGCUGAGCGUUGGCGCUGCUCCUGCCGCGAUCAACUAUCAUCUCGUCGGCGACGCCCUGCUGCAUUGUCUGCGCAUCAGCGGUGCUCGUCACUUACUCGUCGACCCGGACGACGACUGUCGUGCGCGCGUCGACGACGUCCAGACGACCAUCGAGUCCGACCUGCGCAUGGAGAUCCAUGUCCUCGACAAGUCGUUCCAGGAUAAACUGUCGACUCUGCCGUCCACUGUACCGGACAACGCCCAGCACGCGCACGGCAUGGCGGGGUCGUUCCCCGCUAUCCUGCUAUACACUUCAGGCACCACAGGACUACCCAAAGGAUGCGCCUUCACCAUGUCCCGUCUGUACUCCGGUCUGAUGGCGCGUCGUGGCUUCGUAGACAAUCGCAACGGCCCGCACGGCGACCGCUGGUACAGCUGCAUGCCUCUGUACCACGGGACAACAGCCAUGUCGCUAGUGACCUGUCUAGUGACGGGGGUCAGCAUCGCCGUGGGUCGGCGAUUCAGCACACGCACCUUCUGGCAUGACAUCCACGACUCCCAGGCCACCGUCUUCGUGUAUGUCGGCGAAGUAGCGCGAUAUCUUCUCGCCGCACCCCCGUCAUCUCUCGACCGCAACCACCGCGUGCACUGCAUAUAUGGAAAUGGACUCCGCCCGGACGUGUGGGAGCGAUUCCGUCAGCGAUUCGGUAUCUCUACUGUCGGUGAGUUUUUCAAUAGUACGGAGGGUCUUUUCGUCCUGUUUAAUUACAAUCGUGGCCCAUUCUCUGCCGGCUGCGUCGGACAUCACGGUCUGCUCAUGCGGUGGAUGUUGCGUGAUGUCUACGUUCCUGUGGCUGUGGACCCUGUCUCCGGGGACGUGCUGCGCAAUGAACAGACAGGACUGGCUGUGCGGAAUUCCUACGAGGAGGGAGGUGAGAUGCUGGUGCAGAUUGCCUCGGAGGACGCGUUCCAGGGAUACUGGGGAAAUGACUCCGCGACGCGGAAGAAAUUCAUCCGUGAUGUUCUGCGCAAGGGGGACCUGUAUUACCGCUCGGGCGAUGCACUGCGUCGACAGUCCGAUGGGAGAUGGUAUUUUCUCGAUCGACUGGGGGAUACGUUUCGAUGGAAGAGUGAAAAUGUAGCAACGGCCGAAGUCUCUCAAAUCCUCGGCCAAUACCCCGGCGUCCAAGAAGCCAAUGUCUACGGGGUAUCCAUCCCCCAUCACGACGGUCGAGCCGGCUGUGCAGCGAUUCAGAUCCAUGCAGACGCACAGGCAGAUUUCGACUUCGUCAAGUUAGCACAAUUCGCUCGUGCCAGACUUCCCAAGUACGCGGUGCCGGUGUUCCUGCGUCUCGUGCAGAAGCCUUCACACAUACAUAAUCUCAAGCAGAAUAAGGUCCCGCUGCGGGAUGAAGGAGUCGAUCCUCAGAAGAUAGCGAAGUCUGAGGAUCAGCUAUACUGGUUGCCUCCUGGGGAGGAGUCGUAUCGUCCGUUUGGAGGGGAAGAGUGGGAAGAUCUGAAUAGGGGGAGGGCGAGGUUAUAA